UGUGGCUAAUUUGAUUGCACAGUGAGUGAACCUUUUGUUGCAGGCCACAUGGCUAAAAGUGUUCCGGAGAAGCCGAAAAGAUCGGCGCCGAAUCAACUGACAAGAACGCUCCUGAGGAAAUAUGACUGCGGAGUUCGUCCCGUUCACAACUGGACCAGUGCGACAACUGUCUACGUGGACUUCAUUUUACAGUCGGUCCUUGAUGUGGAUUCAAAAACCCAGAGUAUUACCACGAGUAUUUGGUACAGACAGAUCUGGACAGAUGAGUUUCUGGUUUGGGACCCGGAUGAAUUUGACGGCAUCAAUGAGAUUUCGCUGUCAUCUGACGCCAUCUGGAUACCGGAUAUUAUCGUUAAUGAAGUCGUGGACGAGGGGAGGUCGGCGGCCAUCCCUUACGUCUACGUCAACUCGUCAGGCUGCGUGAAGAAUUACCGGCCCAUGCAGGUGGUCCUGGCCUGCAGCCUGGAGAUGUACGCCUUUCCCUUUGACAAGCAGAACUGCAGCCUCACCUUUCGCAGCUGGCUCCACUCAGUGAAGGAAAUCGACCUGGCUCUGUGGCGGAGCGCCGAGGCCAUCGCUAACGAUCAGAUGGAGUUCAUGAACGACGGCGAGUGGGAGCUGCUGUCCGUACCGUCACGCUACUGGCGCCUGCAGCAGGGUGACGCCGACUACGCCCACGUUUGUUUCCAUGUGUUGAUCCGAAGGCGCCCGCUGCUGUACGUGGUGGGCCUCCUCAUCCCCAGCAUCUUCCUCAUGAUAGUGGACGUGAUGAGCUUCUAUCUGCCCGUGAGCAGCAGCACCCGUAUUGGCUUCAAGAUCAGCACGCUGCUGGGCUACACCCUCUUCAGAGUCAACCUGACGGACGAGCUGCCCGCCACCGCGGUCACGACCCCGCUCAUAGGCAAGAAUACCAUGACUGUUUUCCAUACAUCGAAUCGCCGUCACCGACCUCGCAUUAAAAAUUGCUCCUUUGUGUUAAAAGGUGUGUUUUUCGCCGUGUGCAUGGCGCUGCUCAUGCUCAGCCUGAUCAAGUCCAUCCUGGUGGUGAAGCUGCUCCACCACAGUGAGAAGGAGGUUCGGGAAAUGUCCGUGUCGGCGUGCCUGCUGGACAAGUAUGGCCUUGCAGAGAGCACCUUGACCUCCACCAGAACCCUGGACCAGCUCAACCAAUCUGGAGAUUUCGAGUUUGAGGCCUCACCGGAAGAAGACGUGGAAUCGCUCACUGACAUCCAGCAAAAUCCUUCCAGCCUUGAGUGGCUCCUCAGGGAGCUGGUUUCCCUCCGUCUGGCCUUUUCCCAGGAGGACACAGAGGCUUCGGCUCAGGCUGAAUGGCUGGCACUCUGCUCAAAGCUCGACCGCUUCCUCUUCCGCCUCUACCUGAUUGUUCUGGCCGUGUAUGCCGGGACCCUGCUGCUGUUCUGGGCCAGCUGGAGCUUUGCCUAAUGGCACAUUGGCUUCCUCACCGAUUCUGUAAUGCGCUUCAUUUUUUUUGCCAUAUGUAAUGAGAUUUUUGUAGUGACAAUUUUUUUGGUGUUGUUUGGAGAUCACUAUCUCAAAAGAGUUGUAUUGUUAUCGCAAGAAUUGAAAAGAACAAGAGAUCUUCAGCAAUUUGC